UAUUUCACUGCUUCGUCGUCUCCUACUAAUCCCCUCACCCAUAUCAACAGCUCUCACCGUCUCUCACUCUCUCUCUCUUCUCGCACACCCCCGCACGCCAAAGAAUGGCAUCCGAUGAACAACCUAGCGAAAAUGGCUCUACUAAUUCCCCUAAACUAGACCCAACCGAAACACCCGAACCCACCACUAAGACGGAGGCCACCGAGCAGCCACAAACAACAGAGACAAAAACCGAGGAGAACCCUCCCCACCACCCUCCUCAGAUUCAGCUGCUCCGACGGUAACCGCCGCUACGAGGACUACGAUGCGUUCUGCGGAAGCGGACAAGAAAUGGCCAGGAUGGCCAGGGGACUGCGUGUUUCGACUAAUCGUGCCGGUGUUGAAGGUCGGUAGCAUUAUUGGACGGAAGGGGGAGCUCAUCAAGAAGAUUUGUGAGGAGACGAGAGCCAAAAUCCGGGUUCUUGAUGCCCCACUUGGCACUCCUGAUCGCAUUGUCCUUAUAUCUGGAAAGGAGGAACUAGAGGCACUACUAUCCCCUGCAAUGGAUGCUGCAGUAAGAGUAUUCAAACGUGUUAGUGGACUGCCCGAGAGUGAGGGAGAUGAUAAAGCACCUGGAGCAGCUGUGGCUGCAUUUAGUUCAAUCCGAUUAUUGGUAGCAUCCACACAAGCCAUUAAUUUAAUUGGAAAACAAGGCUCUUUAAUCAAGUCAAUGCAAGAGAGCUCUGGUGCCUCUAUCCGGAUUCUCUCUACUGAUGAAAUGCUAAUUGCCAACUCGGAUGAGAGGAUUGUGGAAUUGCAGGGAGAAGCUUUUAAAGUUCUUAAAGCACUAGAAGCAGUGGUGGGGCACCUGAGGAAGUUUUUGGUUGAUCAUAGUGUGCUUCCCCUAUUUGAAAAGAGUUACAAUACACCAGUCUCACAAGAUCGCCAGGUAGAGACAUGGGCUGACAAGACAAUGCACCAUAGUGCUUCACAAACUGGAAUCGGUACUGAUUAUUCUCUAUCAGCUAGGAGGGACUCUCUGUUUCUUGAACGUGAAACUCAGCUGGAGUCACAACGUUCUUCAUCUACUGCUCUUUCACUGUAUGGACAAGAUCCUGGACUUUCCGGACUCCGUUCUUCAGGACUUAGUCGUGCGAGUGGUCCUAUUAUUACCCAGAUAUCACAAACAAUGCAAAUACCACUGACUUUUGCUGAGGAUAUCAUUGGGAUUGGAGGGACCAAUAUUGCUUACAUUCGACGUACUAGUGGUGCAAUCCUCACUGUGCAAGAGAGUAGAGGUCUACCAGAUGAAAUUACUGUGGAAAUUAAAGGGACCUCAUCACAAGUUCAGACAGCUCAGCAGCUCAUUCAGGAAUGUAUGAGCAGCCACGAUGUUUCAGUUCCAGACAGUUAUGGGAAGUUAGACUCUGCUUUGAGGCCUUCCUACUCUCAGUUGGGCAAUGAGUCCUAUUUGUCGUCGUCCUUUGCAGGACAAACCUACGGUGGCUAUGGAUCUUCUGGUCUAGGAGGAUACGAUAGUUAUAGGCUUUGAGUAUGUUGGCUCAAUGACAAGUGUCCUUCAAGUUUUCCUGCCCAGUCGAUUUCCAAAUCUCUUUCAGAACAUACUAUGUAAAGCUUCCAUGAUUUAUGCUUUAAGUUGCUGUCUUUUGUUAUAAACUCAGUUUCAUCAAGUCACUAGGCAUGAAACCACACCGAAAAACUUGGAUAAAUCGUAGUCCCUUUAAUUUGUAUCUGAUGUGAUGAUUUUUACUUUGCUCUGUUAGUUGCAUAAGCUUUAC